AUGUCAUAUUGUUGUUCGCAGUGCAAUUUCACGUCUCAAUUCGAGAGUGGACUGAUGAUGCAUCGUCAGCUUCAUCAUGAACAAGAUGCUGAUUGGGAAUUCAAGCCUGGUAUAUUCAAUUCAAAGUCGAACACCGUACCUCGUGCUGUGUGUUUGGAGAGGUCAUCGCCGACCAAAGAAAAUAAGGGUUUAAAAUUAGGGGGACGAACGUCAUCUGCAACGCGCUUGUUCGACAAGCUGCGCGCGCGCAUCUGUCGUAGUAAAGCUUUGUUUGCACAUCCCGAAGAAACUGAUGUAUUUUCUAUUUUUCAGGAUAUGUCAGGGCAAAGUGAAUGUACUUCAAAAGCUAUGAAAGAAUUGGGAUCAAGUGUAAGCGGAGUUAUCGAGUCUCCAAGAGAAAAUAAGGAAACGUUUGGAUGUCAUUUGUGUUCUUUUGACGCUGACCGGAUCACAGUUCUCGACCGACAUCUCUUAAACGACCAUAAAAUUGGUAUCGACAAUCUUCUAAAACUCGUUAUGGAAAAAACUAGAGAAGGUCUCGCAGAAGAAUAUCCAUCUCAGCUGUAUGGUAUACGACAACCGUAUUACAAACCAACAGAUGAAAUAAUCGAAAACGGAGAGUUUGUUAUAGAGACGGUAACACCUAAAAUUAAAAUACUGAAACAUGCUUCAAGUAAUACAGACCUGAUUUGGACGGAUAUAUCUGAAGUCCAUAAAAAUGAUAGUGAAGAAUGUCGUGAAGAUGUUCUUUUUGCUAAAAUGCAAACUCUCAAUGAAUGCAUGUCAAAGUUUGUCGAUUCCUCGAAUAAUCUAAAUAAAGUUUUAACAAAGAAAUUUGAUCAGAAGAAUUUAGGGAACGUAACCGAUAGACAUUAUUUCAAUUUAGGUUUAGGAGAUCAAGAUUCUCCACGGGAUUGGGAAAAAGCACACAGCGAAAAAUUAGAAAGAAAUCGAAGUAAAUGUAACGAAAAUCGAAGCGAGAAGAUGAAGUAUUCUUCAGACAAUUUUUACUUUUGACGAUAUUUGUUUGUAUUAAGUAUUUCAAUAAUAAAUAUUUUAAUACCGU